CAAGCAAGAAAAAUCGAGUAAGGUUCUAAUCCAUUCUUUAUUAGACACUAGAUCCCGCCCAUAGUACAUGUACUCAGGAUGUUCCCGGCAGGCGUGCGCUCUGGGUUAUGUUUUGCAAUAAAGUAUUGAGAAAAAAGUAUACUAUUUCGUGAUUGGGGUUAGGUGAGAUUGCCAUACACCUUUAAUAUUUAUUUUAAAAUGGACUUGUUUCGAAGCUCAGACAACAGCAAACACAUUGAAACGGCACAGACCCCAAAAUAUGUCAUACCGCUUGAAAACCGAAUAAAUGACUCAUUUACAAGUAAUGUCACGGCUGAGACCGCCACCAACCACGGUAUACCACUUGAAAACCCAAAUGACUCAUUUGCGAGUGAUAUCACAGCUGGAAUUGCCACUAAUCGCACUUUUAUAGUGUAGUGCCCUAACGACCAACCUGUCAUAAGUUAGAAUCCAAAUGACCUGUCACAGGUCAGAACCCAUUUGUAAACACAAUGGUGGCGUCCUUGCGUGUAACCCAAAAUACGUGACUCAUAUAGUCAUUCACAAACAAUGUAUUCCUCUAGCUUUAGAUCAUCAGAUGUCAGUCACCUCCUACGCUUAUCGGACUUUUUCC